UCUUACCACUGCCCAGCUCUUAGACACGCUGGGAAUCGUUCAUACUCCCCCUCUCACCCCCAUCCUCUGAAACCGAUUCUUUCUCUGAACGAACAGCCUGCUGAGGUUCCCCUGCAUUGACUGGAUCUGACUCUGAUCCUUCCCUGUUAACUCCUCACUCCUUCCCCUAACUCCAUCCCUGUUUUCCUCUCAUUUCCCUACUCUUUCCCCUACUCUCCAAUUCUUUCGCGCUCUCUCUCUCAAUCUCACUCCCCUGUCCCUUGUCGCCUUCUCUUCUCGCCCUCUCUAUUCCCUCUGCCUCCCUCCAUCCCUGUAUUCUCUCUGCCUCCCACUAGUUCCUUUCUCCUACAUCUCUCUUACCUCACCAUGCUCCACUUCUCCUCCUGACACUUUCCCUCUCCUCCCGUUCUCCGUGUACCCUUCUCUGUUUGGCGUCUGAAUGGCCAAUGAGCCUGUGAAGAGGGAUCUCCACAUUGGGAAUCUUGUCUUUUCCUGACUGCAGGAUGUGUUGCAGACUGGUACUGUGUGUCAUGGUUCGGGUAUCUCUGCUGUGGGGGAUCCUGGUUGGAAUGUCCAUGGGUCAUGACAUAUCCCAGCCGUACUACCACCAGGAGAAUGUGAUCGACCUUCUGGAAGCCCUGAACAUCACGCGAUCUAUAAAGGGAGUGAGCAGAAGCAAAGGUUUGGAGCCAGGGUUCCCCGCUUGGAAGUUCCGUAACCGUGUGCCACACCUCACCUUGCCACGGGAUUAUGCCAUCUACUUCCUCACCUCCAUGCAAGGCUCCAUCGGCUUCCACUUUGUGGCGAAGCAGAGCAGGAACUCCGAGGGGACAGUGAUCUCCUUUACCUCGCCCACCAUCACCAAGAAGGAUGGACAGCCCCUUCUACAGCUUGUGUCCAGCACCAGAAGUAACCAGCUUCGACUGGAUUACCGAACUGUGCAUAACAUGGAGCCGGCAUCCGUCGUCUUCCCUGGAGGGACCCCUUUUGGGAACAAGCAGUGGGGCAGAGUGGCCUUCAACCUGGAAGCUCAGAAGAUAACACUAUUCAUUGACUGUGAGGAAGACAUCAUCUUUGAAAAGACCAUGGGCGAUGAUGCCAUCAGCCUCAUUCUCCCCAUCGACUUGGAGAUUCACUUCUCUAGUACAGCUGGAGACCACAGCAGCAAGUUCACGGGUUACUGGCAGACGGCAGAAAUCUCUCCCAGUGGAUUCACUCACCGCCCAUGGCACUGUGACAAUCUCCCAGAUUCAUUACCUUUGCCGUAUUCCUUGGUUGAGGAGCGUUAUUCUGAUUCUGACGAACAAUUCCAGUUGCGUGAAGAGGAUUCCCCACGUCCGUUGUCUUUAUCUGACAGUAGUCCAUACCACCAGCAGCAAAGUGAUGCUGGGGAGCCCCUGCUGAGCCACAGUCUAUCACCUGCAAACCCAGAGCAACGCCUGGCAAGGUUUUGUUUUGAGUUGCACUGGUAUUCUGGCUGUCCGUUGGGCACUCUCCCAGUCAGGUGCCCGGACCUGUGCCAGGACACCAAGUGCCCGGGAUUUCCAAAUGCGGAGUGUCGUGUGCAUCGCUGUGGCGCCUGUUUCAGCGAGUGGUAUGACCAAGGGAGCAGCCGCCAUGUCAUGUGUCACGGUUGUAGCUACAAAGGACAGACUUUCCACAAUGGAGAUUCGUUCAUCGUUGAUACCUGUACAUCUUGUGUGUGUUUGAACGGUGCUGUGUCCUGCGCACCAGUGCAGUGCCAGGCUCUAAGCUGUAAAGACUCUGUGAGGAGACCGGGAUCCUGCUGCCCCGAAUGCCCCCAAGGCUGUGCAGAUGGACGAACUCACAAUGAAAGUUGGAAAGUCGAUGCUUGUACACAGUGCUCCUGUAAGAAUGGAAAUGUCCACUGCCAGGAGGUCACCUGCCUUCAACUCACCUGUUUGGACCAGUACAAACCAGCUGGGGAGUGCUGUGCUGUCUGUCGGCCAGGCUGUGAAUAUGAAGGGAAGCAAUAUAUGAAUGGAGACAUUUUCUCAUCCACAGUUAACCCCUGUAUGAACUGUUCAUGUGUGCGAAGCCUGGUGAGAUGUGUCCCCCUACAGUGCCAGCCUCUGUUUUGUUCACACCCAGUCGAGAUACCUGGGCAAUGCUGCCCUAGAUGCCCAGGCUGUGAACUGGAUGGAGCCACCUUAGAUCACGGGCAAACAUUCAGUUCCCCGGAUGGUUGUCAGACGUGUGUGUGCACAGUGAGUAAAGUGGUGUUUUCAAAACUGUGUAUCGUGCAGGGGCUAGAGUAUGAAGAUGGAGCAGAAUGGGAACUGGAGGAGAGUCCGUGCACUACUUGUACCUGUGUCAAUGGUAAUGUCACCUGCAGACCCAAGCAAUGCCCGCCUGUCUCCUGUCUACACCCAGGCUCAAACAACGGACAUUGCUGUCCAUCGUGUGACCAAUGCACAUACAACAAGCGACAGUACAGGAAUGGGCAGGAGUUUAUUGACCCAGACGAUCCUUGCCAGAACUGUCACUGCCAGAGCGGAACAGUGCGUUGUGCACAGACCGACUGCCCCCCAACAACCUGCACACAUCCGGAGAGAAAAGCAGGGCAGUGCUGUGCAAAGUGUCCAGACUGUGUGUUUGAGGAACGAAUUUUAUUGGAUGGCCAGCGGUUCCCGAACCCUGUGAAUCCGUGCCAGGAAUGUACCUGUUUGAAUGGCCAAGUGACCUGUGAGAAGAAGGAUUGUAUCAGCGCCCUGUGUUCCUACCCUCUGUCAGGGUCCUGCUGUCAUAACAACUGCAACGGUUGUCAGUUUGCCGGCAAGGAGUAUCCCAAUGGAGCAGACUUUCCACACCCCACUAACAAGUGUAAGGAGUGUCACUGCAUUAAUGGAAACGUGCAAUGCCUGUCCAGGAGAUGUCCCCCUGUGUCUUGCAGUGAGCCAUUCCGCGUACGUGGAAAAUGUUGUCUUCAGUGUCCAGCACCCCCGAGUGAUUGCCUUUACGAUAGCAUUCUUUACCAGCACAUGCAGCGUUUCUAUGACCCCUCUGAUGCUUGCCGUUCCUGUAUAUGUAAUAACGGCACCAUCACAUGUCAGAGGAAGCCGUGUGCCCCCGUGCAGUGCUCACACCCCAUCCUGCAGGAUUGUUGCCGGACCUGUGAUGGCUGCCUGUUCGGUGGGAAGGAGUUUGCCAAUGGAGAACAGUUUGCUGAUGUGUCGGACAGCUGUAACGUGUGUGUGUGCAGGGAAGGCAGUGUCUCCUGUGAAAGAAACCCAUGCCCUGUGCUGGAGUGUCCCUUCCCUAUGCAGGGACGUUGCUGCAGAGUCUGUGACGGGUGUAAUUACAUGGGAGAGGAGUACCUGAAUGGUCAGGAAUUUCCUGGCCCCCUUGACCCCUGCAGUCGCUGUGAGUGUAUCAGUGGUUUUGUCAGCUGUUCAAGGAGGCCAUGUUACAGUCCAGGCUGCAGACAUCCCAUCAACCUUCCAGGACAGUGCUGCCCUGUCUGUGAAGGCUGUUACUAUGGUGGUGUUACUAUCAGUAAUGGACAGACAUUCACUAAUCCUACUGACACAUGCUCACAAUGUACCUGCCGGAGCGGCUCAGUGCACUGUGUGAGGGCGUUGUGUGCCCCAGCUCCGUGUCCCCACCCCAUCAGUGGACCCUGUGACUGCCCCCAAUGUGACGUGGAAGCAGAUUAUAUUGUAGGGGAGGCUGAGGUGGUGACCUGCUGGAAGAGACCAUGCUCCAAACAGUGCACCCACCCAGUUGUCAGCACGGCCUGUUGUCCUGAGUGCAAUCGCUGUUCCUUCGAGGGCCUGGAGUACGAAAACCGAGAAACCUUCUUCCCUCCGUCCAACCGGUGUAAACGGUGUAGCUGCCUCGAUGGUAGUGUGUUGUGUUUGGAUGUUGUCUGUCCACGGGUAACCUGUUCAGAGCCUGUGACAAACACAAAGACGUGCUGCCCAGAAUGCCCAGUCUGUAUCCAUCACGGCAAACAGUAUAACGGAGGAUCACACUGGAUUUCAGCAGUGAACCCCUGCCACACGUGUACAUGUACGGAUGGUGAUGUGUUGUGCCUGCCUGUCAAGUGUCCAACACUUAGCUGCAGACAACAGAUAACAAAGCCAGGAUCUUGCUGUCCACAGUGUCGAGGCUGUAUGUACAAUGGGAAGGAAUACCAGGAGGGAGCAACCUGGUCUGCACCCACAGUCCCCUGCAUGACGUGUAUGUGUGUGGAUGGGGUCGCCACCUGCUCCGAGAUUCAUUGUAUCGCUCCAUGUGUGAAUCAGAUCCACGUGCCUCGAGAGUGCUGCCCACUCUGUGUAGACUGCAUCUACAAUAACCGUGUAUACAGCCCGGGUGAGAGUUUCCAGCCUAGCAGUGACCCCUGUGAGAUCUGUACCUGUGAGGUGAUGCUGGAUGGAGAGCAGCACUUACACUGUUACCGUCGUCAAUGCCCCAGUCUUGUGGACUGCCCAAGGAAUCUGAUUGUGGCUCCGUCGUCUGGUCACUGCUGCCCCAGCUGUGCGCAGCCACUGAGUAACUGCACUGCUGAGCUGUUUGGAAGUGAGCUGCUGUCUUCUGCUGACCCCUGUUAUAGCUGUCAUUGCAAGGAUUUGACCUGGAUCUGUAUCCAUCAGAGCUGUCCUUUAUUGAGCUGCUCCAUCUCUGAACAAUUCACUCCAGAUGGUUCCUGCUGCCCAAUCUGUGAUGAAUGUGUUAUUGAGGCUGAAAACCGGCGUGUUUCUGAUGGUGAAACCUGGACCGAUUCUGUCGAUGAAUGCAUAACAUGUUCCUGCAACCUCGGACACAUUGAGUGCCAUAUUGAGGAAUGUCUCUCUGUUACCUGUCAUGAUGGUCUGAUCAAGGUCCGUUCUCCAGGGCAAUGCUGCUAUGAAUGCCAAGAUCCCCGGAUUUCCUGCAGCUACCAGGGACAGAAGUACCAGUCGAACCAACACUGGGAAGUGGAUGAAUGUACCACCUGCACCUGUAUCUCUGGGGAGGUUCACUGUCAAACCGAGCACUGCCCACCAGUUACCUGUUCAUCGGAUGAGAGCCCAGUGCUGAUCCCAGGAAUGUGUUGCCCUCACUGCAUUCCUCGCCCUGCCACUUGUAUGGUGUUCGGUGACCCCCACUACCUGACUUUUGACGGAAAGAUGAUCCACUUCCAGGGGGCGUGCAGCUAUGUUCUGGCGGAAGACUGUAAAGGAGGAGACUUCAGUAUCCAUGUGACCAACGAUGAUCGAGGUCGGACGGGAGUGUCAUGGACUAAGGAGGUGACAGUGCUGAUCGGGGACCUGAUUGUCCAACUUCUCCAAGACUGGCUCGUCACGGUGGACGAUCGCAGCGUGUCUCUGCCUUUUCUCAAGGAGCCAUACAUCUACAUUGAGAGGAGAGCCAACAGCAUCCUGCUCAACACCAACAUCGGUGUGAAGGUCUUGUGGAAUGGGAAAUCUCAUUUAGAAGUGAGCUUGCCUGGAACGUACAAAGGGCAGGUGUGUGGGCUUUGUGGGAACUUCAACAACUACCCCCAGGAUGACAUGCGGAUCCGCAGUGGGCAGAUUGUCACCUCUGAGGCAACGUUUGGUAACAGCUGGAAGGUACACAGUAACAACCAGAGCAGGCCACAGUGUUCAGACGCUGAAGACAUUGACCCCUGUAAACAGGCGGGUUAUCGAGCUCGCAAAGAGGCCAAUGCCAAGUGCAAGAUCCUGAAGUCCAAGGUCUUUGAGCAGUGUCAUGCAGUUGUGCCACCCGAGAUGUUUUUCAGCUCCUGUGUCUAUGACCUGUGCGCCUGUGGUUCUAAUAUUGACGACUGCUUGUGCGAUGCUUUGGAGGCUUAUGCGUCUCAGUGUCGAGAGGCUUCGCUUGUCCUGAACUGGCGAUCACCAACACUAUGUGCGGUUGGUUGCCCCUCUGAUCGUGGUUACGUGUUUGAUGAAUGUGGCCCUCCAUGCCCUAAGACCUGUUUUAACAAAGAUGUUCCUCUGGGAGUGAUUGAUGCUCACUGCUUCAAGCCUUGUGUUCCGGGCUGUCAGUGUCCUGCUGGUCUGGUGGAACAUGAAUCUCAUUGUAUAGCGCCAGAGACCUGUCCAAAAAUCAUCUAUGGAAACCUGUGAUUCACACAACUACAGACAAAUGGACAUGUGCGCACACAGAUACACACACACACACACACACACACACACUUGUAUACACACAAACACACACACACACAACUAGUACAUUCAUAGCCAGUGUUUUACUGUGUAAUGGUUGAUAGAAGGAAACACAGAAAUAAACAGGCCAAACUCAUCCUGUAAUGUUGGCCAAUACACUCUGAGAACAGACCAGCUAAAACCAGAGAGACAAUCUCUUCAAACAUAUAGAUUACAAAGUCAAGUACGAUGGGAUUCUGUGGCUGGUGAUUGCACAAUAGAUGUACAGAGGUGCUUAUAUUCAUUUUCUACCUUCAUUCAAGUCACUGUGUCUGAGCAUCAAGACUCACCUGAUAGUUCUUCACUGUGUUAUGUAAAUUAGAUUUUCAAUAUUUUUGUGAUUGUUAAGAUUGGGAAUCAUCGUCCUGUGGCACUAUCCAAUUAGAGACUGUUUAAGCAAUUCUGUUUUUGUUUAAACGUUCAGAGUGGGAACCUCAGCAUUCCCAAACUCAGUCACAGACCUCCUGGGCACAGAUUAGAUACAGAGAAAACUCUUCCUUGCACUGUCCCAUCAAACAUUCCCAGGGCAGGAAUAGCACAGGUUGGAUAUAGGGUAAAGAUCCCAUAACCUUGUUACGAUCCCAUCCUAUUGCUCACCAGAGCUCUGUUCAUAAAUUGUUUAUUCCUCUUGCUGAAGAACAUGAUUGAAUUAAUAAUUACUAUGGAGGGGCAUUAUCCCAACAUUCAUCACAAUAGUGAAAGUCCUCUCAGAACUCUGUAGGUCAUGUGAUUUCAGAGAAUUUUAACUUCCGGAAGAAACACUAAAAUACCUCCAUCUUAAGUUGUUACUUAAAAACUAAAAAGAGGAAGCACUCCCCCCAUCCUGUGGAGGGAAACAGAGGGGAUGGAUAUUGCGAGAAAGGCAAAAGUGGAAGGGAGACUAACUCCUCUACUUUUCUUUGCGUAAUAUUGAAGGAUAUAUUACAUCAACUUGAACAGACAGAUGAGGCCUUGCUAAAUGUUUCCUCUCAGAGUUGGCACUGUCAACAGUGCAGUGCUCCCUUGGGAGGGUCAGCCUUGAUUCUGUGCUGAAGUCCCUGAAGUGGGCCUUGAACCCAGGACCUUUCUGACUCAGGCAAGAAUGCUACCACUGAGCCACAUCAGACACCAUUUUACUGACCUGUGAGGGUCCCAGAGCAUGUGUGACAGACACAGGCUCUCAGUUGUUUGAGUACCUAAUGUAGGAUCUAUCCAUUACUAACAGUAUGACCUACAUUGAAAAGGUAAAUCCAGGUUUGACCAUCUUGGAGUGAGACUCUCCUCUGAUCUGGAGUUCAGAUUUAAGGUGCAAAACUUAUUCAGAAUUAUUCACACUUACAUAAUCACUGAGGAGUGUUGUUGCCUGAUGUACACUCUGCAAUAAAACUAAGUUUUUAAACCA